AUGCGACUCUCCUCUGCCUUGCUCUUAGCUUCCGCAGCCAUUCUGGUCAACAAUGGCAAUACAUUGCUCGCUGCUGGCAAGAUGACCAACUCGAAAAUACCCGAUACUGCUAUGCACUAUUACACUGAAAGCGCAAGAGCUGAGGGGGCAUCUCUCCGUGCACUUGAAGAGGUUGUCACCGACAAGGCUAAAGAGGAGAGAGGUUUCUUCGGCUCGAGCUCGAAGCUUCCGGCUGGCGUAAGCAAGGAGGCUGCCAAAGAAAUGAACACGAAGUGGCUGAACGAUUCCCAGCUGUAUGACGACAUCCUCGUGAACACCGAGAAGUACUAUAACGCGCUUAGCGUCUGGAAGAAAUUGGGAUUAUCAGAAGCUGAAGUCUUGAGUGCCAUGAAGAAGCUUAAGAAAGAUAAGAGCCUUAUCUCAUACAUCAGAAACGGCUAUAAAAACUUUCUUAAAAAUGUAAAGGUGCGUUAG